AUGAGUCCGAGUCUGACACAGAAAUGGCUCCGCCAGAAUCUCCAGCCGUAUCCCGGUCCAGAUCUCGUCUACGCACACGUCGACGCCGCCCUCGCCCGCUACCCGACCAUCCGCCCGAAGACGGACGUCUACACGUACGACGACGGCCGCUCUCAGCUGCUACUCUGUCUUCACGGCCUUCUUCCGAUCUCCUUUCGCGGCGCCUCCUACAACAUUCCUCUUGCCAUCUGGGCUCCUCGCGAAUAUCCUCGCGAGCCCCCCAUCGCCUAUGUCGUUCCUACCGGCGACAUGCUCGUCCGCGCCGGGCCCCAGGUCGAACCCAGCGGACGCUGCUUCGUCCAAUAUGUCCGCGACUGGGAGCGCAAGAGCGAGGGUUGUAACAUCAUCGGCCUCCUCGAGGCGAUGCAGCACGCCUUCUCGCGCGAACCACCUGUCUAUGCCAGGCCCAAAGACGCCGGCAACGUACAGUCCCAGUCUCCGGGCUCCCAACCACUAGCGACGGCCGAGUAUUCCCAUCGCCCUCCACCGCCUCUCCCUCCAUCCUCUGUCCCAGCGAAUGCUUCACCCACCCCUCCUGCCGACACACGACCGGGAGGUCCGCCCCCAUUGCCCGCCAAACCUGGCGUUCCUGGUGCAGCCACUGGCGUGCCCCAAGCCUCUCAAAGCACCUCGGUUCCAGCGCCCGAGAUCUACCGUCAAUCACCUCCAGGGUUUAGCUCUCUGCUCCGGCUGCACGACGCGGUGCACGCGCGAUUCGCCUCUGAGCUCGCGUCGCUCGAGCAGGCGAUGGCGCUCGACGCGGAGCGGCUGCGCGCAAGCCAGACGGAUCUGCUCGCGGGCGAGCCCGCCAUCCGGGACGAGAUGGCGCGGCUCGAGGCUGUGCGAGACGUGUGUACCGGCGUCGCGGCGCGGCUCGAGGGCGUCGUGCAAGCGGGCGAGCGCAACGUCGCGGAGCUGCGGCGCAAGGGCGAUCCCGAGGUGGACGAGAUGAUCUGCUCGACGACGAUCGUGUACAACCAGCUCAUCAAUCUGGUGGCUGAGGACAACGCGAUCGAGGACACCAUCUACCACCUCCACCGCGCGCUCAACGCGGGCCGCAUAGACCUCGAGCGCUUCCUCCGGACGACCCGCGUGCUCGCCGAGGAGCAGUUCUUCAAGCGCGCCCUCGUCGAGAAGAUCCAAGCCGGGCUCCCGCUCGCCGACGCCGGUCGGUGGGUGCCCCCGCCUGGCUGGGGAUGA